CUUGUAUUUAUGUUGUGCUUUGUACCAGCUGGACAAAGAUUCUUUGCCUCCUCUAGUAAAAAAAGUCUUGAAAGAUUCUGUACCUUGCUGUCGACCACUAUAGCAUUUUUUUCUUUUUAUCAUCUAUCUAGUUGUUCAAGUUUCUCCUUGUCCAAACUCAAUUCUUCCAUUGAUCAUCAAUCCGUUGGCUGCAACUAUGGCCGAAGUGGUUCUCGGAAGCGUUGUGGAGUCCGUCACCGGACACCUUGUUUCCCUCGUCUCCCAGGAGAUUAGACUAGCAUGCGGCGUCAGAGCUGAGCUCGUGAAACUUCAAACCACUGUCUCCAUCAUCGGCGGCGUGCUUCGUGAGGCUGACAAGAGACGAGUUGAGGCUGACGAUGUGAAGGAAUGGCUCAAGAAGCUGAAAGAGUUGUUCUACGAUGCGGAUGACCUGUUGGAUGACUUCUCUACGGAGGUUUUUCGCCGUCGAAGAGUAAUAGGAGGAGGUAAGCGGAUCCUCAAUGAGGUGAGUACCUUCUUCUCCUCUUCCAACCAGUUCCUUUAUGCCAGUAAGAUGGCUCGUCGAGUCAAGGAGAUGAGGGAGAGGAUCGAUGCAAUUUGGAAUGAUAGAAGCGCCUGUUUUCAACUCGAGGGAAAUAGUAAUCUUAUGGGGAGUUUGGUAGAGAAUCUAACUAGGCCGGAAACUAUUCCGUUCAAGUCUGACCCGUAUGUGAUUGGACGAGACAAGGACAAGGAGAAAGUUAUUGAGUUCUUACUCAAUCCUGAUUUUGAGGAGAAUGUUUCCGUCCUCCCAAUCGUGGGUGUGGGAGGUCUAGGGAAAACGACAUUGGCACGACUCGUGUUCAACGAUGACAAGGUGAAGGAAUAUUUCGAGAUGAGGCUAAUUUGGGUCUGUGUGUCAACCAACUUCCAUGUGGAGGAUAUUGUGAGGAAGAUAGUACGAGAAUGCACCCCUAACAAAGAAGGAAUUUCUAAUCUCGACAUGAAUGAGCUGCAAAAAACGCUGGGAGAAUGGCUCCAUGGAAAUAAGUUCUUACUUGUUUUAGAUGAUGUGUGGAAUGACAACCGGUCUAAAUGGUUGGAACUUAGAGAAUUUCUCAUGAGCGGUGCCAAAGGAAGUAAGAUAUUGGUGACCACUCGCUAUAUUCGAGUGGCGGAAACUAUGACUCGAAAAUUUCAUAAAUUGAGUGGCUUACCUGAGGAUGAGUCGCUCUCGUUGCUGAUGCAAAUGGCAAUGAAGGAGGAGCACGAGUGGAAAGGUCAAAAUCUAGAAAAGAUUGCGGGAGAGAUUGUGAAGAAGUGUGCGGGAGUUCCCCUUGCAAUUAAGACGGUUGGGCGACUGUUAGUGCAUUCUGGAUGUAGGGAAAAAGAUUGGUUGGACUUCAAGAAUAAUGAUCUGUCUUCGAUAGAUCAAGAAGAAGGUGACAUUAUGCCAACGCUUAAGUUGAGUUAUGAUUUUUUGCCAUCGCAUUUGAAGCCGUGCUUUGCUUAUUGCAGCUUAUUUCCGCAAGAUUUUAAGCUAGAACCAGGUGAGCUUGUCUAUCUUUGGAUGGCACAGGGAUUUAUUAAUAAACCUCGAGGCGGUGGGAAAACCCUUGAAGAAGAAGGUUACAAUUAUUUCAGGGAGUUGCUUUCGAGAUCCUUUUUCCAAGACAUACAAGAAGAUUUGCACGGCGAGAUUAUGAGCUGCAGAAUGCAUGAUCUGAUGCAUGACCUCGCACGGCUAGUAGCAGGAGAUAAUUGCAUCACCAUUGAUAGCUCACGUGGAGAGAAGUUCCAAGGAGGAGCUCGCCAUGUAACUACCAAUGAUCUGAAUGUGUUCAAUGGAUUUGAGAGAGACAGAAGAAUGAGGUCCAUGUUUCUUAUAGUUGAAAAGUGGACUUAUAUUUAUAUUGUUGUUCUGGAUGUUUCAUGUUUUAGAAGUCUACGGGCGCUGCGUAUUUGUGAUGCCGGCAUAAAGGAGAUUUCACAUUCCAUUGGUAAACUCAAGCAUUUGAGGAGCCUUGAUCUCUCGGGCAAUAGAGAGUUAAGGUAUCUUCCGGAUUCCAUAAGCAGGUUGUGCAAUUUGGAGAGCCUUAAUCUCACAGGAUGUUGGCAUCUAGAAAGAUUACCAUGUGGCAUUACAAAGUUAGUCAAUUUGAGGCAUCUCGGCUUGGGAGGAUGUGAGAAUUUAACACAUAUGCCGAGAGGGAUGGGGACGUUGACUAAUUUGCAAAGGUUAGACGUAUUUAUAGUAGGGGAGGAAUCGAACCAAAAUGCUGCAGGGCUAAACGAGCUGAGCAGACUUAUUGGAUUGAAGAAAAGACUGACCAUUCUAUGUUUGGAAAGAGUGAGGAGUAGUAGUAUUUCGAGCGAGGUGGAUGCUUCCUUCUCGAUGGAGAAGUUAGCUCAUCUUCAAUAUUUGGGACUAUGUUGGGGCUGCCGCUGGGAUGGGGAUGGGGAUGCGAGUGUGAGCAAUGACGAAGAAGUUUUAGAAAAACUUCGACCCCAUCCAUAUCUAAAGGGAUUGAGGAUAAAAGCAUAUGGGGGUGCCAGGCUUCCAUCGUGGGUCUCUCAACUGCAUAACCUAGUCGAGAUUGAGAUUUCCGAUUGUCAUGAAUGCAGGCAGCUACCACCUAUAGAUCAGCUCCCUUUCCUCAAAAGAAUCUCCUUGAAGUAUUUGGAGAAUUUGGAGCAUAUAGCAUUAUCGGAGGGUGGGACGAUGGCACAGUCUAAUUUCUUUCCAUCCUCGGAAGAAAUAGAGCUAUGGAGAUUGCCUAAAUUCAAGGGAUGGGAGUGGGAGAGGAGAGGAGGGGCAAUAGAAUUGAAGAGGAGGAUGGCGAUUCUUCUUCUUCUUCUUCUUCUUCUUCUUCUUCUUCUUUGUUAAUCCUCCCCUGCUUAUCCGACAAAGUCAAGGUCCGGAUAUAUGAGUGCCCAAGAUUCUCUUACAUGUCGCAUGGGGAACAGCUACUACGACUAGUGGGAUGGAGGAUGAGGAAUAUUGUAACUGCACUCCUACUCCACCAACACGAUCCACUACUUCUCCCCCUUGGCCCCCAACGACCGAUGGCAGUGCUGUUGCCGACUGAUCCCUCUCCAUCGACUGUUUCUCUAUCUCUCACCGCACUGACAUCCCUCUCCAUCCGCGAAAUUGAGGAUGCAGAGCAGUUGCCUGUGGAAUUGUUUCAGUCUCUCCAGUCUCUUGAAAUCGGGGAUUGCCCACGUUUGAAAGCACUCCCUCUGGGGGCAGUCCUCCGAUCCAUAUCCACCCUUGAGACGCUGAUAAUUUCUGAUUGCCCAGAGCUUGAUUUAUCCACCGAGAAUGAUGGCGACGACGACGAUGGUGGUAAUGCUGAAGGCAUGACCGAUCUUUUGCAGCUACAGGGCCAUCAUAAACUUCGCCAUCUAACUAUCAAAGGAAUUCAUAAGGCGGAGUGUUUGCCUGGGUGGUUCCAGUACCUCUCCAAUCUCCAAAGUUUAACCAUUGGAAAUUGCGAGGGCUUGAAAUCUCUUCUGCCUGUAAGACUGAGUCUUCCGCUUCUCACCACCCUCGACUCGUUGGUGCUAUACAUCUGUCCAGAACUUGACUUAUCAAUAGGGGAGUCAGAAGACAUGCCGAUGGCGGCUUAUUCUCAGUUCACUAAACUCCGCAAUUUGGUAUUCUACGACAUAAAAAAAAUGGCGGCUUAUUCUCACCUCACUAACCUUGAAGAUUUACGCAUCCAAUGCUGCAAUAAUCUGAAGGCUUUGCCUGAGUGGUUUCCCAAUCUCACCUCACUCAAAUAUCUUGUGAUUGUUAACUGUGGGGAGGAGCUGACAAGAAGGUGCCAAGGGAAAAACGGAGGAGGAGAGGACUGGCCUAAGAUUUCUCACAUCCCGCAGGUAGUAGUAUGAUGAUGACUGAAGUGUGAUGGAUCCUCCCUCGCUCACUGCCUCCAAUAAAGCUCGUGGUUGUUCGCGCUGACUUGAAUGGGCACCUCAAGUCUCUAUGAGACUAUUCCCUUCUCUAGCAAAGGGAGAUGUCUUCCAGAUGCUUCCCUUGAUGGACGGGAUGGUAUAUUUCUGGAUUAUUCUGUUGAUUGGCCUCCCGGAUUGUUAUUUACUCAAGAAGUGCUCUCCAAGUAAGAUUCUCGUCACGCUCAGAGGCCGCUUGCACGAUUCAAUGCUAUUCAGAUCAGCUCCACUGAAUAAAUGGCUCCUCUGGCAUGGGCAUCAAGUCAUGUACCACCAACUUGCAUUGUGGAUGGUUUAUGGGAUUUCACAAGACCGGCAUGGAGAGUUCUUCAUUAGAAGGGAAUAGAGCUGUUAUAGGAUCAUCUAUGGCUUCUUUGAGGUCUAAGGCUUGAAGAAAUGACCCAAGACUUCUUCGAGGAUAUGCUGCCUCAGUAAAUACAUAUAUGCGUAUCGCAGAAUCAGUUUUAUUUGCUGGUAAAGCUGUCAGGGUUCCCAACCCCUCCCUUUCGGUUUCAAGAUUCUAUAUCUCAUAUGCAAAUGUCCAAAGGCUCUCAAAAAGUUCAAGGGUUCACACGCCAGUUUCUUUUCCAGAAGGAGCCAUUAGCAGACUUAAAGCUGAGCGGACUGUCUGAGGCUGAUAAGAUUGAAGCAAUGCUUCAGGACUGAAAGGAGUCCAUGGAGUUUCAUAAGAGAUCGUUUGAAUGUGCUGUUGACUCUAUACGAGCUAUAGAAGCCAGUCAUCUUUGGCAGGUGAUGAAAGUGUCAGCGUUUCCAUUCUCCUAAUCAAGAGUUUACUGUGCUAAAUUUGAACAAGUUUGCAGCUUCUGGUUGUUCGUGCUGACUUGAAUAGGCACCUCAAGGCUCUAAAAGAUUACUUCCUUCUAGCAAGAGGAGAUUUCUUCCUGGUGGGAGAUUGUUAAAUCAUUUGGUUUUUCAUCAAAUUCUUCUUUUAUUUGCUGUCUGCAGGAGACUAUUUUGUCUCGAUAUAGAAAUUUCAUAGCUUACCUGGUUCUUGUAGUUUCUGAAAGCGGAUGCUCUCUACUCAGUUAGGUGUUAAAUAUGAUUUUUAAUACUAGCCGAUUAAUUCUUUAUUAAUGCUCUGCUACACCUGUGUUUUCUCGAGGAAAGUCGGGAACUGAUGUGCUUGCCACCUCAUCAGUCAACUGCUGAAGCUGAUUAUACGGUCCUCUUUCAGCUGGCAGCAAUAAAACUAUGCCUCCAGUUCGGCUGGAACAUUGAGAACCAAUCAACAGCUACUACGACUAGCAGGAUGGAGGAUGAGGAAUAUUGUAACUGCAUUCCCCUUGCCCCUGACUUCCCUCUCCAUCAGCGAAAUUGUGGAGUUGUUUAAGUCCCUCCCGUCUCUCCAGACACUAAAUAUCAGUGAAUGCCCUCGCCUGAAAGCACUCUCUGGGAGGGCGAUCCUCCGAUACAUGCCGAUGACGCCUAAUUUGCAAUCGACUAACCCCCGCAAGUUGGUACUUGACUAUAUACCAAAACUGGAGACUCUCCCGUGGUGGAUUCAGCAUCUCACUAACCUUGAAAGGUUAAUCAUCCUAUCCUGGCAGAACCUGAAGGCUUUGCCUGAGUGGUUUCCCAAUCUCACCUCUCUUCAAAGUCCUACAAUUUGGAACUGUGGGGAGGAGCUGACAAGAAGGUGCCAAGAGGAUACCGGAGGAGAGGACUGGCCCAAGAUUUCUCACAUCCAACAAUUACAAGUGGGGAAGUGGUGAAGUGGAUCUUUCCAAAGGUGCUAUGAAGGGCGGUCCUAUAUCCAUCAUAGUUUCUCGUUGCAGGCUGUCAUUUAUAUGGACUUCAUUUGGAAACUUCACAAAAAAAUUACUCGACUUGCUCCCACGGUUCUCGAUUGAUCCCCUCCUGGCAGCUUUGGUAUUUAAGGCUGUUACGCUCAGAGGCUGCUUGCAAGCUUCAGUGCUCCCCAGAUCAGCUCCGUUGAAUGAAUGGUUUAACAGCCGAUCUUUUUUAGACCGUUGCAGAUCUAGUUUAAGAAGAUAUCUCCAGAAAAUCAAGGCCAAAUUCUAUUUUGGCUUGAAUUAAAUUCUCUUGAUGCGUGUUUAUAUUUCGCUUAAGCUUUUGAGCCGAGUGAAAUUUCAAACUUGUAUGGAAAGUAGUACCUACGAUGUAUUGUCUGGGUUAAUUAGCCUGGAGAAACUGGAUUGUGGCACUCGUAUGUAUGGCACAAGUUCAAUUCACUUCACUCUAGAAUAAUUAUUCGAAAUUUGAUGACCAA